AGUUGAAAAGUCUCUUUUCAACACGGUGGCAACACUUCGAAGACCAAAGCGAAUACCAAUUUGAAGAAGAAGAUUCGAACUCAUUUCAAAGCCGUCUUCACAGUAACCUUCCAAUUCUUCGUUCCAAUCCCUCGAUUCGUACCCCCAAAUUCCUGUUUACCCACAAACCGACCCGCAAAAAAGUUAAAAAAAAAUCCUAUUUUUUCUCGAGAAAAUCCCAACUUUCUCUAUCCAGAUUUCGCAAUUUGGCCGUCCGAUCUCCUGAAUUUGUUCAGAUUACGAUGAAAUUGAGUCUUUGUAGAUAUGGGUUUGUGUUAAUUCUGUUCGCUUUGUGUCAAUACUCAAUUGGUGCCCGAGCUUUGGGAUCUCGGAGCCAGUCUUCUGAAGAAGCUUACGUGACUCUCCUCUACGGCGAUGAGUUCCUACUUGGUGUUCGUGUUCUCGGAAAGUCGAUUCGGGACACUGGGUCGACCAAGGACAUGGUCGUGCUUGUCUCUGAUGGCGUAUCGGGCUAUGCCAAGAAGCUCCUCAAGGCUGAUGGUUGGAUUGUGGAGCUGAUUAGUUUGUUGGCAAACCCAAAUCAAGUCCGGCCAGAGAGAUUUUGGGGUGUUUACACCAAGCUGAAAAUAUUUAACAUGACUAACUACAAGAAAGUGGUGUAUCUUGAUGCCGAUACGAUUGUUGUUAAGAGUGUCGAAGAUUUAUUUAAAUGUGGGAAAUUCUGUGCUAACUUAAAACAUUCAGAGAGGCUGAAUUCUGGAGUCAUGGUAGUGGAACCGUCGGCAGCAAUUUUCAAUGACAUGAUGAGCAAAGUGACCACUCUGCCUUCUUAUACCGGAGGAGAUCAGGGGUUUCUUAACUCCUAUUACGUUGGUUUUGCCAGUGCACAUGUCUUUGAUCCAAACUUAUCACCGGAAGUGUUGCAUUCUAGACCCUCUCCUGAGAUGGAGAGACUCUCAACCCUUUAUAAUGCCGACGUUGGCCUUUAUAUGCUUGCAAACAAGUGGAUGGUAGAUGAAAAAGAACUGCGUGUUAUUCACUAUACACUUGGCCCCCUUAAACCGUGGGAUUGGUGGACAUCUUGGCUUUUGAAACCUGUUGAUGUCUGGCAGAACGUUAGGAAACAGCUUCAGGAAUCUCUCCCUGGAACUGGACAAGGCAGAAAUCCCAAGGAUAAUCUUCUAGUCAAAUUCCUUUUUCUUUUCCCAUUAUUUGCUCUACUUUUAUGUUAUCAUCGGUCUUUCCUUCAGUCACGUUCAUUCCUUGAUCAUACUAGACACCUAUACAACAAUUUCAGAUCUCGGGGUUCUCUUGCUUAUUCUGCUAUUUCAUCAGCAGUUAAUUCCAAUCAACAGUUCUCGAAUGGUGCUUUGUCCAAGGUGCCUGCUUUUUUGCCUGGAACAUCUGUUUUUGUCUGUUUUAUGGCUACUGUAGUGUCCCUUGCAAUUGCACUUUCAGUUGUUCCUCAUCAAGUAAUGCCAUGGACUGGUUUACUCCUGAUGUAUGAGUGGACAUUCACAAUCUUCUUCUUAUUGUUCGGAGGUUACCUGCACUUGAUUUAUAAGUGGGGAAAGAGGAGUACAAAUCAAGCAGGAUCCUUUUCUUCUCGUCAUGAAGGUCAGCAGCGACAAAUGGCUUGUGAUUUUUCUACAUGGAAUUAUUGGUUAGGGAUGGCCUUUCUGGCUGUUGUUGCCCCUUCACUACCUUGUGUUUUUGGGAUCACUGCUUUGUUUCCAAGGCUAGGUUUGAUGGUCGUGGGAGGCUUAAUCUUGGCAUCUUUCAUGACAUAUGCUUCAGAGCACCUAGCAAUUACGUCAUUUUUGAGAGGUCUUGAGGACCGGGACACACCGAGAACGAGAAGCAUAUGUUUCUUAUGCUGAUUGAAGUUUAAAUGGGAUAAUGUAGACUAUGAGCAAUUGUAUGGUGUUUUUUAGUUUAAUUUAACACAUGUUUUCUUUCAAUUGAUUUGUAAAAUAUUGUAGAACAUUUUCUCAAUUUAAAAAUGCCAGUUUUCAGGAGCAUAUGUUUCUUAUGCUGAUUGAGUUUUAAAA